AUCUCGUGUGCGAUUAACAACAAAACAGACACAACAAUAGUGUGUGUCUGUUGUGUUCUGAAAGAGAAAAUGAACACCACUACCCUCUCCUCUUCCCCAUCUCCAACAACCUUUGCUUCUCCUACCUUCUCCAAAUCCUACCCAUCACUUCCCUCCUUCUUCUCCAACAACCUCCUCCCUUCCUCUUCCAAACCCACAUCCAUUCAACUUCCCACCAAAAGGGCUUUUCACACCACUGGACUCCGCUGCAACAGCAGCUUCUUCCCUGGUGGACCCCCUUCCGGUGAUGGUGAUGGCAGCAGCAAAAAUGUUCUGGAUGCAUUUUUCUUGGGAAAGGCUCUGGCUGAAACUUUGAAUGAGAGAAUUGAGUCGACGGUUGGUGAGUUUUUGAGUAAUGUUGGAAGACUGCAAGCUGAACAACAAAAACAAGUUCAGGAAUUUCAGGAAGAAGUGUUGGAUAGAGCCAAAAAAGCAAAGGAAAAAGCAGCGCGGGAAGCUACAGAGGCACAACCACAGGGUUUGGUUUCCAACUCUGCAGCUUAUACAGAAGUCGUUGUGGAUGAAGUCGUUGUGGAUUCAGCUUCUUCAGGAACUUCAUAUUCUUCAACCGAUCCAGUUACUUCGGUACAGUCUACUGAUGCAUCUGAAACAUCCAUUGAGCCCACCUUAGGGGAGGAUCCCACUUUAAGUUCUUAAGUGAUAUAUUUUCCUUCUGUCUUUCGACAGGUUUUUGCUAAAUAUGUUAGUUCCUUAUGUAUACCAGAUAUAAAAUUCGAUACUUUUUGGUUGAUAUUUCUUAUAUACAAAUAAAUGAAUUCAUGUUCUUCCCUUGUUGUAAUAAAAUUUCAUAUAACUUCACAUGUGUAUGUAAAGUAUUGUUAAAACAUAACAUGAAUGUAACAGUUUACACGCAUCUUAAAAUUUGGAAUGUGAUUCAUAUAUCUUGA